AUGGCUCUAAUUGUAAAUGAUACUAAAAGUUUCACAAAUUUUACAGAAAUAACCUCAAUUGAAUAAUAGUAUAGAAUUCUUGAAAAUAGUAUUUAAAUAAAAUAUAUGCCUAGAUAUUUUGUAUUAAGGAUAAUCGUAAGACAAUCAAGCUUUUAAUGGGUUUGGAAAAGCUAUAUUUCCUAAUGGUAUAAUUUUCUCAUUUAAAAUUAGGGGAUAUAUAUGAAGGAUAUUGGAACAAUAACUAAAUGGAUGGUUAUGGAAAAUACACAACAAAUGAUGGAUAAAUAUACGAAGGUUAUUGGGAAAAAAAUUAAUUUAUGUUAACAGGAAUGGAGAUAGAUCUGCCAAAAUUUGAUUAAUCAAGAAUGAAAUAGUAAAUUGAAAAAGAAAUAUAUAGUAAAUAUAAAGAAACAGAAAUAACAAUUUUAGAUGAUGGUAAGAUUUAAAUAGAAAGUAGGUUCUUCAUAUAGAGGAAAUUUAGAAGAUGAUUAGUAAGAUGGUUGGGGAGUUUAAAUAUAUUAAAAUGGUAAGAAUUUGUAAGAAACUAUAAGGUUAGAUGUAUGAAGGAUAAUGGAAGAAAGGAAAAUAUGAAGGUUAUGGUAUAAAAUAUUUUGUAAAUGGUGAUGCAUAUAUUGGACAUUGGAAGAAUGAUGAGGCAACUGGUUAUGGAGAGUAUAAAUAUGUAGAGGGAGCAUUUUAUAGAGGUUAUUGGUUAAAUAGUUUUAAACAUUAUUUUGGAAUAGAAUAAUGGAAUGAGACAGCAAAGUAUAUGGGUGAAUUUUAAAAAGGAUUUAAACAUGGAAAAGGAAUAUUAAUAUUUAAUGAUAAUUCAUCAUAUUAAGGAGAAUUUGUAAAUGAUGAAAUUUAAGGUUAUGGUGAAUAUCGUUGGAUUGAUGGACGAACUUAUGUUGGAGGAUGGUAGAAAAAUAAAAUGUAAGGAAAUGGAAAAACUAUUUGGCCUGAUGGUAGAAUUUAUGAAGGAUCAUAUGAUUAAGAUUUAAAAUAAGGUUUUGGUUUGUUUUGUUGGCAAGAUGGUAAGAAAUAUAUUGGAAAUUGGAUGUAAGGAAAAUAACAUGGAAUAGGAAUUAUGUAUGCAAUAAAUGGAGAUUAUAAAUUUGGAGAAUGGUUUGAAGGAAAAAGAAAAAGAUGGUUGGAUUAAGUAUAAGAUUCUGAAAUAAUAGAAGCAUUUAAAUGUGAUCAUUAAUUGUAAUUUUUAAUUAUUAUUUAUAGUGAAAACAUUAAAUAAUGUGCAACAGAUAAAACUGAUGAAUCUCCAUUAAAAGUAUCUGAAAGUAUAUGGUCAAUGCCAAGAAUUAGUGAUAAAUAAUUAAUAAGUAGAUUUAGUUUAACUUUGGCCUAAAAAGAUGGUUAAUUUUAUGUUGGAGAAACAAUUAGAGAAGAAAGAUCUGGAAAAGGAAAACUAUUUUCUUUAGAUGGUUCUAUUUAUGAUGGAUAUUGGUUAAAUGAUAAAAGACAUGGUUAUGGUAAAUAAGUAUAUUCAAAUGGUGAUAUUUAUGAAGGUCAUUGGAUUUGUGAUAAAUAAAAUGGAAUUGGAAAAAUGACUUAUUCUGAUGGUAGUAUUUUAGAAGGAUUUUGGUGUGGUACUAUUUUAGAUGGUUAUGGUAAAUAAAUAUGGCCAAAUGGUUAAUAUUAUGAAGGAUAUUUUAAAAAUUGUUUAAGACAUGGAGAAGGCAAAUUAUUAUUUUAAAAUGGUUCUUAUUAUGAAGGAUAAUUUGAAUCAAAUGAAAUUAUUGGUAAAGGAACUUUUACAUGGAAAGAUGGCUCUUAAUAUAAAGGAUUUAUGAAAAAUGGUUAAAAGCAUGGAUAAGGUACGUAUAUUAAUAGUGAUGGAGAUUAACAUUUUGGAUUGUAAUAUUAUUUUAUAUUCAUAGAUUUUAUAAAGACAAUUUUCAUGGUGAUGGUACUUAUGAAUAUAGUGAUGGUAAAAUUUAUAUUGGAUCUUGGUUUCAUGGAGUAAGACAUGGAAAAGGAAUACUCAAAUUUCCAAAUGGUCAAAAAUAAGAGUUAUCAUACAUCUUUGGUGAAUUAAAAAAUUGA